GUGUGCAGUGAAGUGGACAGAUUUUAGUCCAGCGCCAUGGAGUUCAGUGUUCUGUUCUUCCUUGCUUUCUUCACAGGCUUCUUGCUACUCUUGAUCAGGGGCCACCCAAAGGCCUAUGGCCGUCUUCCACCAGGACCACGUCCCCUGCCCCUCUUGGGAAACCUCUUGCAGAUGGACAGAGGAGGCCUCCUCAAGUCUUUUAUUCAGCUUCGUGACAAACAUGGAGAUGUGUUCACAGUACACUUGGGACCAAGGCCCGUGGUCAUGCUGUAUGGGACAGAGACCAUAAAAGAAGCUCUGGUGGACCAUGCUGAAGCUUUCUCUGGCCGGGGAACAAUUGCUGUGAUUCAGCCAAUUAUACAGGACUAUGGUGUGAUCUUUGCCAAUGGGGAACGUUGGAAGACCCUCCGGCGAUUCUCUCUGGCAACUAUGAGAGACUUUGGCAUGGGAAAGCAGAGUGUGGAGGAGAGGAUAAAGGAGGAAGCUGGAUGUUUGGUGGAGGAACUGAAGAAAUAUGAAGGAGCUCCCCUGGACCCCACCUUCCUCUUCCAGUGCAUCACAGCCAACAUUAUCUGCUCCAUUGUGUUUGGAGAGCGCUUUGACUACACAGACCGCCAGUUUCUGCACCUGCUUGACCUGUUCUAUAAGACCUUGUCACUUAUUAGCUCAUUCUCCAGUCAGGUGUUUGAGCUCUUCUCUGCUGUCCUGAAAUACUUUCCUGGCACCCACAGACAAAUCUCCAAAAACAUACAGGAAAUCCUCAAUUACAUUGGCCAAAGCGUGGAGCAGCACAAGGCCACCUUGGACCCUAGCGCUCCACGAGACUUCAUUGAUACCUACCUUUUGCGCAUGGAGAAGGAGAAGUACAACCACAACACCGAGUUCCAUCACCAGAACCUUAUGAUGUCUGUGAUCUCUCUCUUCUUUGCUGGCACUGAGACCACCAGUACCACACUCCGCUAUGGCUUCUUGCUCAUGCUCAAGUACCCCCAUGUUGCAGAGAAAGUUCAAAAGGAGAUUGAUCAGGUUAUCGGCACACACCGGGUCCCAACCCUUGACAACCGCAUCAAAAUGCCAUACACUGAUGCAGUCAUCCAUGAGAUUCAGAGAUUUUCAGAUCUUAUCCCAAUUGGUCUACCACACACAGUCACCAAAGACACAAUGUUCCGAGGAUACCUGCUUCCCAAGAACACUGAGGUGUACCCCAUCCUGAGUUCAGCUCUCCAUGACCCACGGUACUUUGAACAACCAGACACCUUCAAUCCUGAGCACUUCCUGGAUGCCAAUGGGGCACUGAAGAAAAGUGAAGCUUUUCUGCCCUUCUCCACGGGAAAGCGUGUUUGUCUUGGUGAAGGCAUUGCCCGCAAUGAAUUGUUCCUUUUCUUCACUACCAUCCUCCAGAACUUCUCAUUGUCCAGCCCUGUGGCUCCUGAAGACAUUGACCUCACUCCCAUGGAGAGUGGCCUUGCCAAAAUACCCCCAGUGUAUCAGAUCUGCUUCUUACCUCGAUGAUUGGGCUGAGGCAGCCAGGUGUCUCUACUUAUGUUGAGAAUGGUGCCAUCUUUCUGCCUCUGAGAGACCUGCUGGAAACCAGACUCUAGGUUCCUGCUCAUACAUUCUACUUACUGCUGUUUCUCUAAAGCCUCAGGGUGUGUUCUUCCCUGUGAAUAUACUGGACAAAUCAAUCAACUGUCUCUCUUGAUGCAUGAACAGAGACUUCUGGAGGCCACAUCCCAUGCGGACUCACCCCCUUUUUCCUCCUAACAGCCCCUGUCCUCACUUAUCAGCUCUCUACACUCUGUGAUCUGUGCCAAUGGACUCUGUAUAUGGUCUGAAUUCUGUGUGUACUGACUUGCCUAAUAUGUAUGGUUCAGGUGAACAGAAUUACAUAGUAUGUGA